UUUGUUUACUCAUUUUAAAUAAUUCAGUCGAUUUGACAGCUACAAAACGUAAAUCUAGCAAUGAAAAUUAAUCAAAGUUUUAUUUUAUUAAUUUUCUCACUUCUACUGUUGUGCAAUGAAUUGUUGGCUUUCAAAUGUUUCAAUGAUGAUGGUUCAGAUUCCUUCUGUGAACCAAAUUUAGAGAAUGCUGCAUCAAAUAUUGAACCUGAAAUUGUGCACACUUGUUGUAAUAACAAUAACGUUUGUGUCAACAUCAAUCAAGAAAAUGAAUAUUUUUGUGGAACAUGUGGACCACUUUCAAAUCAAUUCAACAAAUCUGAUUUUAAGUCUUUGACAGGAACAUUUAAAUAUUGCGAUUCUAAAGAUGCGUCUUCAACAUUAUUUUCCAAGGGAAAAAUUGAUUUUCCUACAGCUGUUAACAUUACAAUUGAUUUCCAUAAAUCUCAUGUGACUAAAAGUAUUCAAAUAACAUUUGGAAAAAAUCUGCCUGAUAACAUUGAAAUUUAUAAAAAAGAUUCUUACGACAGUGAUUUCACUUUCCACAGUCAUUAUGAGUCAAAACAAUUCGUGGACAAUUCAGUGGACUCUUGUUUGCAUGACAAAUAUCAAGUCGUUUAUAUUCCAAUCGGAAUUAUAACAACAGGAAUGAGACUUGUCUUCAAUCCAUUGAAUACGUUCGAGAUCACUGACAUUGCAAUUUUCGCUAGAUUUACGAUGUUGAUCGAUCCUGCAAGAAAAACUUUCUUAGUUCUUUUUUCGGUGCUGGUUUUAGGAGUCAUCGGAUUUCUAAUCGCAUCAAUAUUUAUCGACUUUACGGGGGAUGUUGAAAUUAUAUCUCUUGAAACUCCUAGUGUAAAUUUGAGUACAUCAAAUUUCAGGAUUAGUUUAAUUAAACGAAAGUCUGACAAAGAAUAUUUAUUAUCGGUUUAUAAUGAUGGAAAUUGGCUUCAAGAUAUUCUUCUUGGAACCGACUUUGGCGAUAGAAAUGUUGAAGUAGUUGAGAUUCAAGACGGUUUCAAGGUUCGUACGAAUGAAGACAACGAGAUAUCGUUCACAAUCGACCUCAACACAGAAGACUUUUCAACGAUUUAUGUCAAAAGGAAAUUUACAAGCAAAGCAAGUGUCGUAACUGAUUGUCUUCACCUUCAGCCUGACACAGUUAACUGGUACGGUGGACCUGAACAAAUGGAUCAACGUUAUCCUAUACAGAAAUUUGAGUUCGAAGAUUAUGCUUAUGUAUUGAAGGAACUCGAAGCUGCUGCAGUUAUGGAACGAUAUUGGCUGUCAUCAAAUGGAUUUUUCAUUCUCAUUGACUACGAAGCACCACUUUUUAUUGACCAGAAUACAAAUGAUACAAUCGAUCAUAUUUGUUUCACUGGCAAGAAGGAACUUCCAUACUACACUCAUAAUGAAGAAUUUGAGUUCAAUUAUCGCAUUGGAGCGAGUAAAAAUGCCAAGGAAACUCAUCUUAAUGUCGUCAAUCAUUUACUUGGAAAACCAAAAGGAUAUCCAAAUGAAGACAUGGUUCGAUAUCCAAUUUGGAACUCGUGGGUUCGUUAUGGUCGUCCGAUAAAUGAACAAAUGAUUGCAGAUUAUGCUGAUGAAAUUAUCGCACAUGGAUUUAAUCGCAGCUUAUUCGAUAUUGAUGACUUCUGGGAAGUUUGUUAUGGCUCAUUGGAAGUAAAUCAAACGACUUUUCCAGGACUAAGAUCGCUUGCAGAAGACCUCAAAUCAAAGGGUUUCAUUGUUGGUAUGUGGAUCCAUCCCUUCGUCAACAAAGAUUGCGAACCUUAUUUCACUUAUUUAAAUGACAACAAUUUCCUUGUGAAAUCACAUUCGGGAAGUCUUGAUACAAGUUGGUGGAACAGCGGACCUAAUGAAGCUGCACAUAUUGAUUUUUCAAACCCUGAAGCCCGAAGUUACUUCAGACAAAGCUUGGAAAAUCUUCAAAAUCAAUACAGCAUUGACAUUUUCAAGUUUGAUGCUGGUGAAACGACAUGGUAUCCUGAAGACCCUGUUUUGACCGGCGACCCCGCCUUAUGGCCUUCAUCAUUGAGUAGAUCUUAUCUUGAACUUGCUAGCGAUUUUGGUGACAAACUUGAAGUGCGAUCUGCAUGGGGAACUCAACAUUUACACAUUUUUGUACGAAUGCUUGACUUUGAUUCAAGAUGGGGCGUUGACAAUGGACUGGCAAGUUUAAUUCCAACACUCAUUCAAUUCAACAUGAACGGAUAUCCUUUUGUUCUUCCUGAUAUGAUCGGUGGAAAUCAAUACUGGGGUGAAGUAAUUUCCAAGGAAUUGUUUAUUCGAUGGCUUCAAGCAACAGUUUUUAUGCCAAGUCUUCAGUUUUCUGUUGUGCCAUGGCAAUAUGAUGGCGAAACAAUUGAUCUUUCUCUUGAAUUAACAAGUCUUCAUGCUGAUUAUGCAGAUUACAUUAUUGAAAGAUUCGAAAUGGCGGUUUCUGACGGACAUCCAGUUAAUCCUCCAAUUUGGUGGUUGGAUCCAGAAGAUAAAACAGCGCAAACCAUUGAAGACGAAUUUCUUCUUGGGGAGAAAAUUCUUGCAGCUCCAAUCGUGAUUGAAGGUGCGACUACGCGAAAUAUUUACUUGCCUGUUGGAUCAUGGAAAGAUGGAAACAGUGAAACAGUUUAUGAAGGACCGAUUUGGAUAGAAGACUAUCCAGCACCUCUCGACACUUUGCCAUAUUUCAUUCGCGAGGAUAUGGUUUGAUGUUUUCUGACUUUGUUUCAUUAAUUAGUGUAGAAUUUGUUCAUGAGAAAACUGAAUUUUUAUUAAUAAAAAAAGUUCUCAAAGAUGAA